GCUGCAGUGAACGGAAAAUGUUUCUAUUGGUUUAGGGGAGAAAAAGUGGAUCUCGGCUGUGUGAACUGCAGCUUUUACGGCAGGACGCGUUGCAUAAUGUAGCCGUUGGACGGAAGACACUAUUGAUAUCGACAUUUCUUUGCGAAAACUGUCAGCAAAAAAAAAAAAAAAAAGAAAGAAAAGUGCAGUACCACCAUUACUCGAUCAGCUGAAGAGUUAGCUAGUUUCCUAGCUAGCAGGCUAGCGGGACAGCCAUUCAGGGAGGAAUCCCAAAGAAUCCGAUUAAAGCCAUUCUAUCUGGAUUGGAUAAUCCGAUGUAAUCCAUUACCGUUUAUAACAUCAUCCUGCAUCGUGUGAAGGGUGUGAGCGAGCUGACAGACAUCAACACUUACAGCCAACACUUGUUUGCUUCACGACCGCAUUGAAAAAGGAGCAUCUCUGAAACAAGAGCAAUGAUGUGUUAACCUGUUGGACCUACUUCCUCUUUCACUGGAUUACUCAUACUCCCUGGUGCGUGUACAUGUAACUGUAAGCAUGGCUCAGGUUGCAUGCUCGAGACGACAACCUUCGCAGGCUCUUAUGUAAUACACGCCGGCAUCGGCCUCUGAGCAAACAGCACACAAGAAAGUCCCAAAAGUCUCCCAGCGGAAAGCUGGUCUUUGUUUGUAUUUUAUACUCCAUUUCUCUUUCACCUAUGAGCAUUUUGUGGUUGUCUGCAGCUUUGUAGUUUUUAUUUUUCAGUCACUCCACUGAUCUGAAUGAGCAUUCGGGAGUUUCUGGAACACGCCCAGUUUCUGCUUUUUAUGAGCUCUUUUUAAAUUGAGGCACCACUGUGCCUCAGAGACUCUUUGUACUUUUUUAAAAAUUUCUUAUCGUAGAUGCUUAUGAUAGUCAGUAGAUUUAGGCGGAAGCCCGGCUCGCUUUUUUUGCCUACUUCCUGAAGAUUGGUUGUGAGGAUUUCAGCUAGACUGGUCCAUCACUGCCUUUGGCCUUUUUGGCCUAGAAGCAGAAUGCUUCGACUUGGUACAGAGAGACUCAAGUAUCUCCAGCAUAGCAAAGUGCAAUAUCCCACAUGCUGAACAAAAUCAAAAGAGACAUUUCUGUUUUAUGUGCUGGCAAAAAAGCGCAACAGCUGGAAGCGAUUUCUGUGCCAUUCUCACAACACUAUCUCCAUCUCUGUAAAAACUGGAGACACUAAAUCUUUCACUUCAAUGAUGAUUUGCUUUCUUACAUAAUUUUACCUCCUUUUUCUGUUUCGAUUCGCUUUUUUAACCUGAGACUGCGAUUUCAAAAGCUCUUAACAAUACUCAGAAGCCCAUCUACCUUAUUUUAUUGAAAAACUUUAUGCAUUUAACUACAAAAUCCAUGUCAAACAUUUUGUCUUCUACCUCUACCUUUAAGUUGUAAAACCAAAAGUUUUAAAUACCACCGCUCAUUUAUAGUUAUUCGAAUUCAGCCACAGGGAACACUCAUUUAUCAUUUUUCCUUUUUCAUCACAUUUUUUUGCUUUUACCAAAAAACAAAACAAAACAAAAACAAACAGCCAUAUUUUCUUUUUUAAUUGGAUUUUUUUUUUUUUUUUUCCUCUUUUUUUUUUUUUUAAAUAGUCAAAACUCAAAGCUGUUAAACUGUUUUAGAAAUUACCAAAAUGGCUUUUUGGUUUUAAAUAGAAAAGAAAUUGCAACAAAGCCAAGAAAAAAAAUAUUGCACUCAAAUCUAUUUAUAAAAGCUUUUUUUUUUCUUUUUCUAUGCUGGCCUAAAAGGGCCAGGAAACCAUUGAUGGCUGUGUUCAAGCCUGAGUGCUUUAUAGUGAAGAAAGCCUGAUUUGUUGCACUUUUUUUUUUUUUUUUUUUAAAUUGGUUUUUUAUGUUUCAUUGCUCAUUUCACUCUACUCUUUCAGCUAUAACUAUGCAGACAAUCUGUCAUUUCUUUAUCUUGAGUCGAGGGGGAGAAGAACUGAUACUCCUCCCAUAGCCGAUUCCUGUUUCCUACACACACACACACACACACACACACACACUCCUUCCAGAGGGUGGUUUCUCGGUGACAGCUCCUCCUGGUGCGCCCUGGGUAAUGCCGAGUAGUAGUAAGAGUGGGGGUUUGUCUGACCCCUCUUCCCCUCCCCACCCUACCAUUCCAUCCCGCCCCCUUCGGCCCAGUCGAUAUGUUCCGGUGUCUGCAGCAACAGCAUUCCUUGUGGGAGCAACUACACUCUUCUUCUGCUUUACGUGCCCAUGGCUUUCAGAGACUUUUUCAGUCGCCAUACCAAUAUACAAUGGCAUCAUCUUCCUUUUUGUAUUAGCCAACUUUUGUAUGGCCACCUUCAUGGACCCCGGCAUCUUCCCAAGAGCUGAGGAAGAUGAAGACAAGGAGGAUGAUUUCCGAGCGCCACUCUAUAAGACGGUGGAGAUUCGGGGCAUACAGGUGCGCAUGAAGUGGUGUUCAACCUGCCGAUUCUACAGACCACCUCGCUGCUCACAUUGCUCAGUGUGUGACAACUGUGUGGAGGAUUUUGAUCAUCACUGUCCGUGGGUGAACAACUGUAUAGGCAGGAGGAACUACCGCUACUUCUUCCUGUUCCUGCUCUCUCUGACAACUCACAUCAUGGGCGUCUUUGGUUUUGGGCUGCUCUUCAUCCUGUACCACACACAGCAGCUAGACCAAGUACACUCUGCCGUCACUAUGGGUGUUAUGUGUGUUGCUGGACUUUUCUUCAUCCCAGUAGCAGGUCUUACUGGUUUUCACAUUGUACUGGUAGCAAGAGGCAGAACCACUAAUGAACAGGUAACGGGAAAGUUCAGAGGAGGCGUGAACCCCUUCACUAAUGGCUGCUGGAGAAAUGUGACACGUGUUCUCUGCAGCUCCCAGGCACCCAGGUAUGUUGGAAUGAAAAGGAAGGCACAGGCGGUGUCUGUUCAACCCCCAUUCUUGAGGCCGCAACUCUCAGAGGCGCAACUGGCUGCCAAGGUGCUUGACAAUGGUAUCCAUGGAGAUCUACACCGGUCUAAGAGUAGUUUGGAAAUGAUGGAGAGUCAGUCUGCUGAUGCUGAGCCACCUCCUCCUCCUAAACCAGAGCUCAGAUACCCAGGCCUGUCAAGAGGACCUGCUGAAGAGAGCAGUCUGUUAAAUAAAGCUCCACCAACUCCUACCAUGUACAAAUACCGACCUACAUACAGCAGCCCAGGGAAGAACCACACUGCUCUGACACAUGCCUAUGCCAACCAGAUGAGUCGUGGGGACAGUCUGAAGGAGUCCUCUUCCUCUCUCCUCCAGUCCAGUCAGCAGCCGGGUUUCCGCUCUGAGCCCAGUCUGGAUGGCCGUGAUGGAGGAGGAGGAGAGCGUAUGGGUGCUGAGCGACCCUCCGUAGGUCAAGGGGCACCACAAGCCCCUGGAAUCUCUGCCUAUUCCUUCGGGGGGCGCUCUUACCCCUCCUUCUCCGACCCCACUGUGCUCUCGGGAGGUGGUUCUCGCUCCUCCAGUGUGCGCUCCACCUCACAAAAUGCACCACCUUCUGAAGCCUCUAGCUACAAGAGUUCAGCCAAUCAAACGCCUCCACCGCGCAAUGGCAGCUUGUCCUACGACAGCCUUCUUACACCCUCUGAAAGCCAGAAUUUUGAAUCCACGUCACCUAAUCCCCCGCUUGGCUACACCUCCCCAUUUCUUUCUGCACAGAUUGCACAGCAACGAGAGGAGGAGCUUCACCAGCCCUCCUCCUCCAGCUCUGCCCUGCUUGCUUCACCACACCGUGGCACCGCCUACCUGCGAGGCUCCGCCUCCCCUCCGCCGCUACCUGACCGAGAACGUGAAAGGCUGCUUCAUGAUGCACAGUCCCGCCAGCACCAUCACCACCACCACCAUCACCACCACCAUCAACAUCAGCAUCGACCACCACGCUUUUCCCGUCCUCCGCUCUUGUCUGAUUCAGGCCUGCCAAGGCUCUCUAACCCAUACCGCACACGCUCCACAGAUGCUCCACUGCCCCCUUCCACCCACCCACCACGCACAGGUCACCCACCUUUAGGCAAAUCUCUGUCUUAUUCGAGCGCCGCAGCCGCUGAAAUGCAGUAUCGCCUUGUGCGUAAAGCCUCCGCCUCCACCUCGGCUGGGGCAGGGGGCAUCCAGGCGCCCAAGGACGAGAUUCAGAUGAAAUCUUAUAGUCGGACAAAUGGGCAGCCUAAAUCGCCUCUUUCUCAGUCUCCUUCUUCGACCCCCUCUUCCCCCUCUCAUCCAGUCAGUGUCUCCACACGACCAGGACACGCCUAUCCCAGUGGUUCUUUUCAGAGCCCCAGCCACAAGCCUGGAGGUGGUGUGAAGAAGGUGACUGGUGUCGGAGGGACCACUUAUGAGAUAUCAGUUUGAGACAUGGCAGUUGUUUGACCUGUCCUGUGUCAACAGCUGAGUCUUGGACCUGCCUCCUCUACUUGCUCAGUCAGGGCAGAGGUUCACUACGCUGUUGGAAAUGUGUUGAACACAAGAGACAUUUAUUGAAACGUUGGAGUGAAUGAAGUACUCCAGACCUGUGCUUUAUUUUUAUACAUAGGGAAAGUUUGAGUAAGUUGCCCUGCCUGUGUGUGGUCAGAUAAAAGACAUUGCGGAGGAGGGGGAGGAAAGUUGCUUGUACAAUUCCUGGACUUCCUGACUUGCCAUUAAUGAGGAGGUGUGACACUCGAGUAUGGCAGAUGACUGGACUGCCUUGAAAAAUCUAAUUAUGAAAAGGGUUGCUUUAUUGUCAAUUGUGUAAAUCGUUAAUUGUAUGUUCUGUAUAGCGGGGGGAAAAAAAAAAGGUCACGUUUUCCCAGGGUG